UUUAAAAAUAAAAAUAAAUUCCUUUUGCCCAAUCCCAACUUUCCUAGCAAACAUCGGUAAAUUCUCAUCCGUGUGCAGUCUCCUUCCUUCGUCGUCUGAAUCUAUCAACUGCGAUUUCCCCGCGGAUUCAAUAGCAAUCCUAUCAUUAAUCAUACUCUCAUGUAGUCACAAAUCCAGCGAACUCUACUGGUUUUUGGGUGCAGAAUAAAUUUUAUUCUGCGGCAGUCUCUGAAACUCAGCUGAGCUCGUAAGAGUAUAAGGGAGGAGUUCUGCGUUUGUUUUAUGGUAUUAUUUCUGAGAUGGCUGGCGAUGAUUUGAUCGAGCUCAAGUUUAGGCUUUUAGAUGGUACUGAUAUUGGACCCAAUAAGUACGAUCUUUCUACAACGGUGGAAUCUCUCAAGAAAAACAUAUUGAAUAUAUGGCCGGCAGGUAAGGAAAUUUCUCCAAAGACAAUAAAUGAUUUGAAGCUGAUAAAUGCUGGGAGAGUUUUAGAGAAUAAUCGAACACUUGCAGAGUCCAGGGUACCAGUUGGGGAGCUUCCUGAAAGCGUAAUUACAAUGCACCUAGUGGUGAGGCCUACUACUACUGAUAAAAACAAUGAAAAGCAAUUGGUGAAGGCACCAAAGACGAACAGAUGUUCUUCCUGCACAAUCCUCUGACAAAAAAAUUGUAUAGCAAGCCUCUGCAGUCACUCUCAACACAAGGAACUGGGAAUGCUGUGCGGCUCUGAUGCUUUACGACUCUGCAGGUUCAAUUUUGCCAGUUAAAUUUCUUAAAGAUUUGGAACGUUGAAGAAAUUCUAAGAUUUCUCUUCCAAGGUUGUAUGAAAUACUGACGCAGUUUGUUCUUUUGAAUGAGAAAGUUGAAGUAAUUCUUCUGAUUAA